AUGGCACCUUCUCCAAAUAAGACUCUCCAUGGCCACAAACUGCUGGUGCUCCUCGGAGUAACAGGGCCGCCAAAGGCACUCCUCGGUACCGGAUUCCGAGAUGAGUGGAUUAAAGAACUUCACGAAUUGUUUCCCGAUCUUAAAAUUGCCACUGUCGAAAAUGUGUUGUGGAAUACACCGGAAUUUAAGAAAAAACUCCCAGACAAAGAGUGGGAGGAUGCCACUAUUCUUCUCACCGGAAGCGCCUUACCCUCGCCGGAUAUAGCUCCAAAACUGGAAUAUGUGCAGCUCCAGAGCGCCGGUGCGAAUCACGUCCUCGACCAUCCUUUGAUCAGAGAUACAGACGUCACUCUCUGUACGGCCAGCGGAGUGCAUGGACCACAGAUAGCUGAGUGGGUGGUAACCACGUUUUUAGCCUUCCAACAUCAAAUCACUCGGUACGUUGAUUUUCAACGCCAAAGCACGUGGCACAAGCUGCAAGAGCCAGUGGAUGACGCAGUUGGACGGCGAAUUGGCAUUCUUGGUUAUGGUGCUGUCGGUCGCCAGAUAGCUCGUGUCUUCAAAGCAUUAGGCAUGGAUAUCUACGUGUGUAAUUUGCACCCGCGUCCUACAUCCGAGUCGCGUAGGGAUGAGACUUAUACACCAGAGGGUCUCGGCGAUCCGGAAGGCAUCUUUCCUAGAAAAUGGUUCUCUGCUGGGGACACAGCAGGCCUACAUGAGUUCCUUAGCUCUGGCCUUGAUCUGCUCGUCAUAACCGUCCCACUCACGGCGAAAACCCGUGGUUUUAUCUCACGAGGUGAAUUAGCUUUGCUUGCUGAACGGAGAGCUUUCGUUUCAAAUGUCGGGCGCGGAGAGGUUAUCAAUACUGAUGAUCUAAUUGACGCACUUGAGAAUGGUAUAAUACGAGGAGCUGCGCUUGACGUGACGGAUCCUGAGCCUCUACCAGAUGGCCACCGAUUAUGGAGCACAAAGAAUCUCUUCAUUUCGCCGCAUGUCAGUGGGAAUUCUAGUGCUUAUGGCCAAAGGGUCUAUGAGAUCCUCAAGUAUAACCUGACCCGACUGAGUGAAGGGCGGGAACUCACAAACAAAGUGAAUAGAAAAGAAGGAUACUAA